GGACGUGACUUUGCGGCACAGCGCUUUCCUGGGCCUGUUCAUCAACGAGUAAUUCUCCUAAAGCUUACCUAUCUAUCUAUUGCAUCUGGGCGUGUAAGGUUUGUUAUUGAUUUUUAAUAUUUUUGGCUACACGCAUCCACUCGUGCUGCUAAGCUCCUUACGAUCAAAGUACAUUUAUUUCCUGGUGGUGCCAACACUUCUGCUAAACUCAGUUCCCAAAGCCUUGAGCUUGGAACUCUGGAUCCGCGUCAGACUUUCCUCCAUUCAGCCUCAGUGUUCUCUGAUCCACCCCAACGUCCGAAGCUGUGAGUGGUAACCCCUCCCAGAACCUGGCGUUGUAAGCAUUGCCAUCUCUUCUUUAUACUUGAGCAUCAAGGUCCCACCUGGACAAUCUUCUAUGAACAGUGCGAGCUUCUUAUCUUUUUAUUGGGGCCUCAGAAUAUCAGGAGAAUGGCAGUAGAAAGUCCAUUGCUUGCCUCACCUGCCAACGUCAUGUCAGCCAUCUCUCCCUAUACAGAUUUCUCUCUUUCACCAUGUUCUCCCUCAAUUCAAAGAUCUCCAUAUUACCAAUCGCUGCCCGCGCGAAACUACUCAGGCUCUAACCUCCAACCAAAUUCUUUCGAGGACGGUCUCUCUCCGGCCAGCGCGCACCUCCUCAGUCCAAUGAGUGAUAUGGUGGGGCCUUCGCCAGUGACCUCGAAUGGCACUACAACUACAGAUAUUGAGGACGAUGAGGUGGCAGAUGAAACGAUGAACCAUGAAGAUAUACCCAGAGCCGAUUCGCAAAUGACUUUGAAAAGGCUCAGCACAAAUCUACCAGAAGAAUUUCGCGCUUCCAUCGAAGAUGAGUCUGUCUCGGUCAUCCACGCCCCCGAGGGCUACGCAAAAUUUCCGUUCAGUGAUGAUACUCCAGUGCAAUCGGCGAAAGCACUUUUGGAUCGUUCAACGCCAACUCCAUACCAGCAGUCUAGAAGUUCAAGAAGUAGUACAAGAAGUAGCCCUCGCACCAGUCCUAAGUUUAAUCAAAGGACAAGUCCGAAAACCAGUCCGAAAACGAGUCCACGAGAGAGUCCCACUAGUAGCCCGGGAAUGAGUCCAGAAAUUCUCCAGGUUGCUGAGCAUGCGGAUAAAUUUGUCGAACCAGGUCCGGUUUCACCUCCACCGAUCUCUACAGACAUAAAGCCGAUGAAAUUCGGUUUGGAGAAUCAAACACCUCGAGCGCAAACUCGCCAAGAAGUCGAAUCGUUCUCGGAAGAAAGACGACCAUCUCGGCCGAGCAGUCUUGAAGGUAUAACCGAAGAAGAAUAUGCACAGAUGCCUCGCUCACUAGACGUAGGGAUUCCCGAGGAACUUCCCAAGGACUUUUCGGAAGACGAUUUCGAUGCUCGUACAGUUCAUAAUGCGGAGGAAGAAAUAUCAGCCUUGAAGACGGCGCUCAAUGAGUGUUGGACACUCUGCAAUACAUUGGCUAGUCUCAGCUCUAUUCACCGAGAAAGGAUAUUUAGCUUUUCCGGAUCCGGCGAUGCUCACGAAAAAGCUUGGAAAUGUUGUUGGAAGCUCUGCAAGAAAUUAUACGAUAGCCGCGACGAGGAUCACGAGUUUCAUGUUAGGCCAACACUCGAUCUGUGCAGGGAUUUUUGUCAAUCUCUAUUUGAUGUGCGCCAAAAGAAAGACGAGGUAGCCGAUUCAGUAUUAAGGGUCAGCUUCGAAUUGAACAACCACUUGUAUAACACACACGAUCGCAAUUUGCCUGAAGCCUUCCGAGAAAGAACUUUGGAUUUUUAUAUAACGCUAUGCCAUCGUCUCAUGAAACAAAGAAAUGAACUUGCCGAAGAGACAGAUGCUCUUCUUCGAGCUUGUUGGAGCCUAGCCGAGAUGCUUUUCAGUCUUCGGCAAAAUAGAAGAGAGGGGAAAAUGGCAGACGAAGAGCUUCUUGGGUCUGCUGUUCAAGCUUGUUGGGAAUUAUGUGACCUUUUCCGAGAAGGUUGGACACAAGUUCGUCCUGAGAGGGGUACACCUCGCCCAUCCCAAACGACUUUCAGAACAUCAUCCGAUCAGAUGUCUCGCUCUUCACACACCAAGUCCAGUAGUCUAGCUUCACUGUCAGAGAGUCCUGAAGAUCAUACGCCUACGAGAUAUGUUAUCCUACCCGAAACGCCAACAACUGAUUUUGAAGAUACUCCCAUCACACCAGAGGAGAAUUCGCCAAACAUUCCAAAUAUUAUGGUUCUAGGUUCAGAAAGACCACCGCGAUGGUCAUCUGCCGCAUCUUCACUUUCAGGAUAUUCUCAAGAAAGUGGUGCUAGCACGGUAACCAAUGGAAACCAACCGGAGGAUCUAAAUUUGACACGACUCAAGAUGCUUAUCUUGAAAGCUUCAAUGAAUGUGGGAUAUUCAAGAACUGCGAUUUCGUCCAAAGGUUCACCCUUGACACUUCAAAAUUUUGUCAAGGCACUGCCGACUGGUUCAUUUGGUCCAUCGCCAGCGCAGGCAAAUCUACUUUCAUCAUAUCGAAACCUAGUACUAAGCGACCCUACCUUCAGGAAUCCAAGCUCAUUACCUCCGCCAGGAAAGAAAGUCUCGGCUAAUGAUCUCGCUAAGAGUGUUACUUGGAUGAUGAGGACUGGGCAAUACACAUUUCUCAAAGAUUUAUUCAGGAUGGUGUUUGGCUUCCGUGUUGAUGAAAUUGACCCACGAAAGAGCGUCAGCAUUUCAGUAUGAAAAGGACACUUAAUUCAGGAGCAUCAAUGGGUCUAUCUCCGCUCGCUAUAUACUAUCAAACAGACCGCGAUGGAAUUUUACCAUUUUUCUGCGAGCUCCGUGAUGAAUCUAGCUUAUAUGCUAAAUAUCGGAUGUCACAAACUACAAGACUGUCUCAAGUGGCUCAAGCAAUGCCACUGUUCUAAAAUGAGAUGUUAACUCAGAAGACGACAAUGUCUCAGCUAGCUAACUUCACCCACGCGGAUCAUAUUAUCUCUGCUGAUAUCAAUGUCGCGGAAGAUUAUAGGAAUGUGUGAAUUUGGACGUUGGAUGCAGCUAGACAUUGCUCCAGCCCCCUUUUACUCAUGUCUCUCUUUCAAUGGGCACAAUGGCAUAACUUCUACGAAAAAAUAGAACAAAAUCAACGACGCAAGGGGGUUUGGGAGGCUGUUUUAUAUUUUUUAUAUUUUUAUUUUUUGAUACCCUUGCUGUAAGGCGUUGCGGCGCGAGAAGGAAAUGUUUUCUCUUCACCCGUGGAUAUUAUAUAUGAUCGUGGAUUUUAGCAUACUUCUACAUACUUCAAAAUUUAUACCAUGUUUAUUCUUCAGAUUUUGUAGACUCGAUAAUACAUCCCCUUGGAUUUCCUUCUUUCAACCUCAACUCUUUCCCAUAAAGUACGUUGCCAUUUUUGGCUUCUUCAAUUGUAAGUAUCACGAAUCCUAGUGAAGAAUCAGAAACUUUCCA